CCCCAAACGACUUCUUCUAUUGCGGAACCGAGCCGCGCAUCCUCCGUCGCCUCCUGUGCCCAUCGCGAGCCGCACGACCACCAGACGCCCGUUGAUCACCCGGUCGAGAAGGCCGCCGUCGCGCAAGACAAAGCGGUCGAUGUUUCCCUCCCUCGCAUCCCGUCGAGUCGGAGCACCAGAUAAAAUAUGGAUGUCAAAGAGGAUACUUUUCAGCCAAUGCUAUGGAUUACCAGGCCAGACUGGAUCAGGGUUUUCUGCCGGCAGAUCGGUUCUGGAUCAACCUCAGUGUGAUCCUGACCCAAUCUGUUUGCAGGCGCAUCCGAGAUGGUAUUCCCACAUCUCCAGUGCCUCUAGAGCCCUGCUGGAUGGACAUAAUCGGCAGCUGAGGUUUGUUGUCCUGAAGCACCCUUUUAGGCCAUGCUCUGCCAUCAGUCCCUCGUCAAACUUUAUGUAUACUUCCGAGAGAACCUUUGCAGCUCCAGUACAGUUUAAACCGAAGGAUAAACCAUCUUCAGAUUCACAUGCAGGGCCUCGAAUUAAUGAAUCAAUCACCGCUUCAUUUAUUCGGCUUGUCUCUGAUGAUGGACAUGGGAUUGUCACAAGGAGGGAGGCACUUGAUCGUGCAAAGAAGCUCAAUCUUGACUUGGUUGAGGUUCAAGGAAAUGCCGAUCCACCUGUUUGUAAAAUCAUGGACUUCCAUAAAGAAAGGUACAAACGAGAAGUAAAAGAAAAGGAACGGGCCAAGACCAAGUCUUCAGUUACAUUACGGAAGGGAGAGAAUAAAGAAGUUCGAUUUAAAGGGAAAACUGAACUAAAAGAUCUAAAGAUUAAAGCUGAUUCAGUUAUAAGAUUGAUGGAGCGGGGUUAUAGGGUUAAGUGCACAGCUGUGUCAACAGGCAAAGAAGGGGAAGAUUUGGAUGAGCUCCUAUCACGGCUUUUACCUCUGAUUGAAGACGUUGCAAAUGUAGAAAGUGGUCCACAUGUGGUUUCUGGGCAAGCUUACGUGAUAGUUAGACACAUGAAGUUUUGUACAAAGAAAUCUGGAAAGAAACUCAGCGAGGUUGUGGAUGCAGUAUCUAAAGGACUACCUGGUACUGUUUCUCGCACAGAUGCAGUAGCUAGCAAUGCAAGCCAAGAUGGAGAGGCAGUCCUAAGCGAAGAAAAAUGGGAGACUAUUGAUUCCCUUCCGGAGACAGAGGAUGAAGCCCUAGCAGAAACCAUUAAUACGAAUAAUGCAACUUCUCAUUCUCAUUCAAUGCAAAAGAAUAUCAGUGGCAUUUUUCAUCAAAAGGAUCCUUUUCCUCCAGGUGCUAGUGGUUUUACAGCUCAAGGGGCAGGACAAGGCUCUUCCAGAUUUGCUUUAGGUAUGUCCAAGGAGCCCUCUGUUGCUGAAAAUAAUCGAUAUGCUGGUUUUACAGCUCAAGGGGCAGGACAAGGCUCUUCCAGAUCUGCUUUAGGUAUGUCCAAUGAGCCCUCUGUUGCUGAAAAUAAUCGAUAUGCCAAACGAACUGAAGUGAUGGAUCAGUUUCAGCAUCAGAAUGUGAUGAACAGAAGUAAUGCAGCACCUUAUCCAAGAGCACCAAGAUAUGAUGUUAAGGUGCAGCAAGAGCCAAUAAGAAGAGGUCAAGUGCAUCAGUUUGAUCCAAAUCAAGGACCUUUGAGAGCUACGAAAGCUCCUGAUUCUGGUGAUCACCAUAGAUUUGGUGUGAAUACGAGUAAACCCUGUGAUGGUGAUUCUCAUAGACCACCAAACUAUGGUAAUUUUACUACUCAGAAAGCUGUCCCCCAUAGUCAACAUAGAAACUCAGAUGAGACACUUCAAAAGCAAAGAACUGUAACACCAAUAUUUGGGAAUUUGGGAACUACUAAAUCUCCUGAUUCUGGUGAUCACCAUAGAUUUGGAGGUGGGAACGUGAGUAAACCUAAUGAUGGUGGGUCUCAUAGACCAAACUAUGGAAAUUUUACUACUCAGAAAGCUACCCCCCAUAGUCAACAUAGAAACUCAGAUGAGAAACUUGAAAAACAAAGAACUGUAACACCAAUAUUUGGGAACUUUCUCUCUAAAAAGCCGGCUGGUGCUGCCAGUGAUCAAAAUCUAGGAGAUGAUUCUGCCCCCGACAAGUCCAGUUACUCUCCCGUAACAUCAAAAUAUGGGAUUUUUAGUGCCUCAAAAGUCGCUUCACCCCGUAACUAAAGAAACUUGGUUUGCUGACAUUUGUUUUCAAAUAUUCACUUUUGGUGGCCGACUCUAACUUUGACAAGGAUUGAGAAGGCCAGAACCAUGAGAGCCAGAAAACUAAAGUGACUGGCAUCACCGAUCAUUUUUACGAAACCAACUAUUCAUUGUAAUAAAAUUGCGAGUGUAUGUCCAAGGUAUAAAAUUUUUCCGAAGCUAUCUUUUUGUGUACAAUUAUAUGGUAGAUUGACCGGGUUAGAUAUAUUUAGGCUUGAUCGGCUUAUUUAG